UUACUGCAGGCAGGGAGGAUGUUGGAACCAUAGUUCCUCUCCUAACUUUACUUGGGCUAGUCUCUAUAUAAAUACACUGUUUUGUGCCUUCAUAUAUCUCUCUCCCCUUGCCUGAUUUCGGCAACAAACAUACCCUAGCUACCAAGCAAAUUAAGAAGAAACAGAUCGAUGGCUCCAUUGAAGUUAACAUGUUUUCUUUUUUUACUUCUUUUUACUACUUCGUCCUUCUCCAGGAUUACAGCUCAUGCACAUCAUCAAGAUGGCGAUGCAACUGUUGAAGUUGAUGAUAUUUCAAAGGGGAAGGGAUACUUUGAUGGCGAGCUUACUUCAACUGUUGGAAAAGACAAAAGACUUGGUGGAAGGAGAAUGGGCACCGUCGCUCAGAAGGUGAAGGAGUCUGGUGUUUCUGGACAGACGAGUCCAUUUGCAUCUGGAGAAGUUGAAGACCAGAGGAAGAAGAUGUCAAAUGCAGCAAGUGGAAAUAGAGUUAGCCAUCAAUUUUCUAAAGAAAUGGAUCAGAAAGAAUUUGUAGCUUUCAAUGCUGAUUAUCGUGCACCCAGGCACCACCCACCUAAGAAUAAUUAAUAUGUAAAGCAUGAAUUAUGAAUAUCAAUUUUCUGCUUUCAAA